UUCGGCAUGGCUCUUCAACGACUUUGCGGUAUGGACAAAUUGCCCUUCAUGAUGAAGAACGACGCAUUCGUUUUAGAAUCUGAGAAAAACGAACUAAGACUAGGGACACACAAUUUAGGUAAUCAUUACGCCUUAUUAGCGCCACCGUUUGAAAAGCCAGCUGAGACUCUACCCAAAAUAUUGGCUAGAAGCCCUGGUGUAUGCAUGGAGUUCAAACAUGGAACCACAACACUGGGCUUCAUAUACCAGGGCGGGAUCAUCCUCUGCGUCGACUCACGCUCUACCAGCGGGGACUUUAUUGGCUCGCAGCACAUGAAGAAAAUAAUUGAGCUCAAUGAUUAUAUGCUGAUCACAAUGGCUGGCGGGGCUGCCGAUUGCACCUACUGGGAUCGAGUGUUGGCUAAAGAGUGUCGUAUGUACGAGCUGCGUUAUGGAAAGCGCAUAACAGUGAUCUCGGCCGCAAACAUGUUGGCCAAUACGAUCCAUCAAUAUAGGGACAUGGGUCUCUCUAUGGGCAUGAUGCUAGCUGGCUUCGAUGGCGAUAUUCCCAAGCUAAUCUACUUGGACUCAGAAGGCUAUCUUGUAGAUCACACGGAGUUUGCGGUGGGAAGUGGCUCCACCCUUGCCCUUGGAUUGUUAGACACUUUCUUCAAGUGGGACAUGACUGAUAGAGAGGCCUAUGAUCUGGCAUGUCGCUCCAUUUGUAACGCAGCGCAUAGGGAUGCCUACUCAGGCGGCAUUGUUCGCCUCUAUCAUGUUACGGCUGAUGGUUGGAAGAACAUAAAUAAUACAGAUUGCUGUGACCUCUUUGAACACUUUGAGAAGAGAAAAGCUGAAAGUAGGGCCAGCAUUGCUGCGGCAUCAGAGUCUCAGUCUGAAACUGGCAGUGAAUUGCCCAUAUCCAUAAUAUCAUAAGACGUCCGCGACUGUUGAUCAAAUAUGCUGUGAAACAGCCAUAUCUAUGAUUAAAUAAAAUUUAAAGUUAAAGUUAA